AGCUGUUAUUUGUUGUUGUGGAGGAAAUGACUUUGUGCCGAAAAUGAAUGGCAUGACACAUGAAAGGUGGAUGUCUACUUGCCUCAACAUCCCUGGAGCUGUGAAGGAUAUUCUUCAUUACUCUAAUUUCAAGGAAUGUGGCACUCCUUCAUCAGCAAACCUUGACCAUGACCUAUUCUUCAAAGUCAUCAAAAAUAUGUACUGUCCAAACAGUUUCAACCCCGAUCAUCUGACAUUAGCAGAAGUGAGGCAGAUGACCAUCAAAAUGCCUGGAAAAGUAUUCAGACAUCCAACAUCAUGGAUGCCUCCAAAUGAGGCUCUGCAAAGUUUGUGUGAACUUGUGCAAUGUCAGGUUGAUUACUUGUUCACCUCCUUUGACCACGGAGCGGAGCUGCCGAACUUCUUAGACAGAGGGUGUCUAACUAAAACCGACAAUGGAGUCAUACAGUAUGACUUUGGAUCUACAUCAAGGACAGACAUGAAAGAAGACCUGGUAAUAAUUGACGAAGAUAAUCUGAUAACAACAAUGCUUAGAGCAAAACGCAACAAGCGCAGAAAUGAAGUCUUCACCCCCAAGAAAGAUGUCGGACAGAAGCGAAGACCGAAGAUGUCAACACCAAAGAAGAUGAAGGACUUCCGCCAGGCAAGAGGCAAAACUGGAGAAGGCUCAAACAGCAAAACGGAACAUGUCAGUUCACCAACAGAUGAGCCAUGCAACAUGGACCAUGUUGAAGAAGAAAUCAUUUAAACUACUGUUUUUCUAUGUGUAGGCAUCAGAUUUUUUGUUGUAAAUGUUUAGGGCUUAAUCAGUUGAAUAAUUGAUGUAAAACACAUCGCAAAAUCUUGUCUGAUUUCAUGUAACAAUAGUAAUUGUAUAAUUGUAUGUAUAAUAUAUGUGCAGUCUACUGUCAAUAUUUCGGAGUUGUAUUGGACAAGGUUUCACAUAAUUAUCGAAUUACUUUAGCUGCAAAUGUAUUGGCAUUUCUGGUAAUUCGGACACGUAUUAUUAGUUAUCCCUAACAUGAUACAAGUAAAAAAUGUAAAAUAAUAGGUAUUUUAUUCAGAUAAAACAUCAUAAAUAGCCAUGGACUUCGAGAUAACAGAGUUCGAGAUAUUAAUAGUAGACUGAUUGUAUUAUAAUUUUAUUGAUUUCUUUGAUUUACGGUGUCUGCCAAUAACGUUUUUGGUAUAAUAUUUGUAUUUCUCAUAACGUUUGUCAACAUUAAAUAGUUUUACAUACAUGUAAUGUUUUGAAAUUAAUUGUAACAGUACAUGUUGCUAUAUCUCAAAUAAAACAUGUGUUUUGAAUAUACAUGUAGAUAUGUUAUUUUAUAAUGUCUCAGCGGACUGAUAUCAUGUGUAAAUGGAAUAUAUGUUUAAUGUCAAAUUAAUGUCCAUUUUGAUAGCAAACAGAAUAAAUCUAUAGUCAGAAGCUUAAGAUAAGCCUCUGAUUAUAACCAAGUGUAAUGUCUCAAAUCUGUGUUGGUGUUUUUUCUUAUUUUAAUGCAUAAGUUAAAAUUUAUUCUGCUAAUAGCUCCGAGUUUGAUCUGGAAUAUAUCUGUUAGCCAAAUACUUAACCAGUCCCUAUUACCAGGACACCUACUGUAUAUGACAUUUGAUUUUGCCUAAAAUAUUGGGGGUUAUUUUCCAUGAUAUUGGUUCAAUCUAGCUCAAACUUGCCCUGAUAUUUAUUUCAGUAAAAUUCGUUUUAGGACAAAACAGACGAUAACAGAUAAUUUUAAACUUUGCCUACCUUCGGCAAAUAAUGGUCUAUGGGGGGAAUCAUUUGUUAUGGAUCGAUCUACAUGAAAAAAUUUCCCCAUAAGCAAUUAAGAAUAUUCAAGCAAGUUUGAGCUAUAUACUUGCUUGUAUAUACUUAUCAUUGAAAAAGAAUCCCAUUCUCAAUGAAAAAAAUAGACUGGCAAAAUCACUGAUUAGCAAACGAAUUUGAAUAAGUACUAAUUAAGAAGCAAUUGUAGAAUAUAUUAUCAUCUUGUAA